AUGCGUGCUACGACUCUCGCUACUGCCGCCGUCGUGGCGCUGGCUUCCCACGCCAAUGCAGACACCAUCCGCAUCGAUGUUGGACAAAACAAUGCUUUGGCCUUUUCCCCCGACAGUGUAACGGCAAAGGUCGGAGAUAUCCUCGACUUUCAUUUCCACGCCAUUAACCAUUCCGUUGUGAUGGGCGACUUUGACACCCCUUGUGCUCCGGCCAAGACGGGUGGCUUCUUCUCCGGCUUCAUGCCUGUUUCUGGCAGUGGAGAGGCGGACGAGAGCUUCCAAGUCAAGGUCAACUCGACCGACCCCAUCUUCUUCUACUGCGCACAAAACACAUUCUCGCACUGCAAAUCGGGAAUGAGCGGAGUGGUCAAUGGUCCCAGUUCCGGCAAUACUCUUGCAGCUUACCAGAGUGCCGCCAAGAACGUUAAGAGCGCUUCAAACCCUGCCUCUGUCUUUGGUGGCUCACUUGUCGCCGACUCAACCAGCUCCCCGACGACCUCUGCUGCUGCCGCCGCCACGACCUCUUGCACUGUCAGCAGCAACUCUGGCGGCUCUGUCCAGGUUUCCCUUGGCAUUGUUGCUGCUUUCACUUUCGGCAUGGCCAUCCUGAUGUCCUAG